AUGUCAGACCUCCACGAAUUGCUUGGCCUCUCUUCCAGCCGUGAUGCACAGUCGGAUACCUAUCUCAGCCGUCUGAGCACCCUCUCGCUGGAAGAUCUGGUAUCGAACGAGCCGGACUCACUCCUACAUGCGGCGCAAUCUCAUCUUCGCAACCUUCAAGCGCUCUCAAAGCGCUCCCAUAAAGCUGUAAUCGCGUCUACCUCGCACCUUUCACACCUCACGACGCUCCUACCGCAGCUUCAGGCACGGGCUUCAGACCUCCACGAAACUGUACCAGAUUUGGAGCGCUCAUCUUCCAAUUUUGCGCAGAAGUAUAAUCGAUCUGCCGAAGAUGCAGCCUUGGACCGGCGGAAGAACGCCCUGCUGCUGUCACGCAACGUAGACAGGGUAUCGGAUGUGCUAGAGUUGCCUUCACUGCUCUCGUCUUCAGUCGCUGCAGCACAAAGUCUAGCUACUAGCUCAACUACAACUGCUACGACGUCGUAUGCGUCGGCGCUGGACAUAUAUGCCCACAUCAAGCGCUUGAAAACCCUGUAUCCGCAGUCAGACCUUGUAAGGAACAUCUCGCGGCAGGCAGAGGCUGAGAUCCAGAAUCUUACGACUAUACUCAUCACUUCCCUGCAAAGUCCGUCGCUGAAGCUGGCUGCUGCCAUGCGAACGGUUGGGUGGCUACGACGAGUUGCACCAGACCUAGCAGAUGAUAGGUCCCGGUCCGCGCAGCCUUCUUCCUUGUCAAUCAACUCAGUCGAUUUCUCCUCUCCUGUGACCUCGUCCGACAGUGUCCUUGGCUCGCUCUUCCUGGUUUGCCGUCUUCGCAUGUUACACACGACUCUUGAUGCUCUUGAACCUUUACGUGCGCUGGCAGAUCAGGAGAGCGUGCGAAAACCACAAGCAUCAAACGGCUCGAAGGCUAAGGCUUCGACACAAAGCGCCGCACAUGGAAGUCAGAGUGAGCGCUAUCUGAAGCGAUAUAUUGAGAUCUUCCGCGAGCAGAGCUUUGCCAUCAUCAGCAUGUACAAGAACAUCUUCCCAUCGCAUCUGCCUGCAGCCGAGCAAGGCGCAAACACAACAUCAACCCGGUUGGCAAGUGCGUUGUCACCACCACCGUCACCGCUCUCAUCCUUCGCAUUGCAUCUUGUGGAUCUGUUCAAGGCGUCGCUGCGGGAGUACAUGCCGAACGUUAUAGACAAAUCCGCACGGGAAUCGUUGUGGACACAGGUACUAUAUUGCGCUGGCAGCCUCGGAAGGCUGGGCGCAGAUUUCGGCAUGAUGGUUGCCUUGCUCGAGGACGAACUAAGGGACGAUGAAUUGAGCCUAGGGUACGCAGACGAAGAGGCAGAGUGGGUGCAGGUUAUGCAGAAGCACCGCGUUCAAGCUUCUCGGCUUGAGGUGCUUGCACGCGGUGUGGGCGGUAGUCGAAAGGCUAGUGCAGAUUUGCUCUCGCCCACCACGGUCGUAUCUGCUGGGUAG